AUGUUCCUCACCUUUGGGUCAACCCCACAACCCGAGUCGGUCGACCCCCAAGCUCAUCAACAACAACAAGCCCCGAGCCGGCCAAAGACGAAGAGGGCGCAGGUGGCCCAGGCUUGCGACUGGUGUCGAGUGCACCGCACUAAGUGCGACAGUUCGCGGCCAUGUCAGAAUUGUGUCCUCAGAGGAGGGCCCUGUAAGAACACGCGCAGCGGCGAGGUGCGCACGCUUCCACACGCCUUCAGAGAGAUACAACGGUUGACUUCGCGGGUGCGCGAACUUGAGACUGAAUUGGCUGGAUACAAUGCCGCCGGGAGUACAAGCGGCCACAGUAGUGGCGGGAACUCGGCUUUAUCCGCGGCAUCCGUUUCAGCCGGAUCAUCAGAGACGGCAACGACGACGCCGCCAUCGGUAGCCCCUCGCCCAUCUAGCAGCUCAAGGGCAGAAAGGCUUGAUCAUGAUGCUCGCCAACCCACCGGUGAUAAAUUACCGAAGAGGCAGUGGGAGGGCGUAUACGCAAGCCGGACUUUAUGGUUCAACUCGGCCAGUAAAUCCCUUCCUAGCCCCACCUCCAUGCCGGACCGAGAGGCAACUGCCUCUACGGGGAGCAAAGAUGGUGCGCAGGGUCAGGGACAGAGCUCCAGCGGGACUCCCGGUGAACACCUCAACGCGGCACAGGAGGAGUACUUCUUGAAUCUGUUCUGGCAAUCGCACCAUUGUGCGCUGCAGAUCGUCGACGAGGCGACGUUUCGCGAGCAUUACAGGUCACUCUGCCUGGACCCGCCGCCAGGAAACUUCCGGAAGCCCAGCGCGCUGGUCGACAUUUUGGUGGCCCUUUGCAUGCAGUAUGGCGUGGCAUUUAUUCCUCAGCGUGCACCUGCGAUGGCUAGAGGCGGCGAGAGCAAUGACAUUGGCCCGGAUGACGGCACGCUCGCCGGCUGGUGGCACUACCAGCGCUGUCGGGCCAUCCUGGAGUCCGAGGUGGAGCGUCCGACUUUGUCAACACUGCAGACCCUCCUCUUCUGCGUUGUCUACGUCUGCUGUGCGAGUUUCCAGAACACGGCACACCACCUUUUAGCCAUGGCCGUACGCGUCGGCUACACACUGGGGCUUCAUCUCGAGCCACCGGAAACCAUGCCAUGGUCAGAGAGAGAGCUUCGGAAACGGCUCUGGUGGACAUUGUUUGUCAACGAAUCGAAAACAUGCAUGAAACUCGGCCGCCCCUGGAGCACCGCCGAAGCCCCAACACCCUGCAGCCUGCCAGCUGACGACCAUGAGCUGGCGCUGCGGAGCGGCUCCCACACAGCUUCCAUAACUGUCGACGGCAGCACGGUUACUUGGCUGACGUACACGCUUCAGACCGUAAAGUUGGUGCUGGCUACUCGGACUGUAUAUGCUGCCUUCUUUGACCGGUGUGCCGAAAUCCUCGGUUCCAUCAAGAGCCCGAGGACUCUAUAUGACGACCCCGCCGCGCUUGAGACGGCGGCGGAGGUCUUGGAGGGCUUAUUGGACCGGCCCGGGGCGCUGAGGAGUUGGUUGCGGGAUCUCCCGGCGGCGCUGAAGACGCAGCGUGUGGAGGAAGGCGUCCCCUUAUCGGCCGACUCGAGCCGCCUGGACAUCGAGAUUUUUGCGCCCGUGUGGUUGCAGCGCCAGCGGUUGCUCCUCGAGCUCCUCUACCAUACCUUCAUGAUUAAUCUUCACCGGCCGUUCGUCGCCUAUCCCACCCCGCCCUUGGCGCCCCAGUCUUCUGCCAGCCGUAGUCCGCCUGCAACGCCGCCACCAGGACCUGGGCCGCUCGCGACAGGCCACGCCUUAACGGCUGCUCGCCACGGAAUUGCCAUCACAACAGUCAUACACCAAAUCGUGGUUGAGAAGGACCUGCUCGCUGGAUGGCUCGAAGCUUUCCAGCAGCAGUGGAACGCUGCCAUCACCAUGGUUGGCUUUCUCUUGGCCUUCCCCGAGAGUCCAGUCGCACCCCAAGUUAGGACCGCGUUGGCCACAGCGGUCGGGGUGUUUGAGGCAUUUGGAAAGCAUUUUGCCGUCGGCAGUAGCGCCGCGAAUGCCACCCGCGAUUUGCUUUCCAAGAUCGAUCUGCUGCGCAGUGUGGGUACGCCGGGUGAACUGCAGCCGUUUGCGCAGUUCCAGGCAGCAGGCCCCAGCCAGGGGGCGGCACUGGGACAGUUAUCGGCGAUGGGCACCGAGGCCCAAACCGCGGUAUUUGUCCCGGCUGCUUACGGGAUGAAUUCGACGCCCUCGGCGGGGCCCGACUACUCUCAGCCACCCGCCUUCAUGCCCGACAUAAGUGAUGAGGAGAUGGCGGCGGCGGUGCGGGAUAUGCUGGCUGGGACGAUAGACAUGGUGUACUCGGCUGAUUCCUUCCCAUCAAUGGGAGGACCGUUCCCUGGUGGCGCUCAGAUGGGCUGGGAGGGCUGGCCGCCGGGGUUUUACUAG